GUUAGCUUUUUGUGUAUCCUCAUCUUGUAUACAUUGUCUGUCUGUCUGCUUUACAGUAACAGACUUCCUGUCAGUGUAAAUCAUUGAGCAUUAGACCUGUCCUGUCACAUGCACUUGGUUAUGAAAUCAGAUCUCACUUUUUUUUUGACGUUCAUUUGCACUUUGAAAUAUGAUAUGCAACAUGCUUCUUAUUACUUGCUACAUGUUUGUCACGUUACAGUCCGCUCUCUGUAUCCUCAACAGGACAGCAGUUUCUCCGUCAGUUUAUGUGACUGGGAAGUCGCACGUUUGUGACCGCUCAGAAGUUACUUUGGCAUCGUGCUUUGCUUCAUAUGCACGGCCUGCAGCAGAAGUCAUUUGGAGAUUUGGAGAUCACAAUGACACUAUGAGGACUGAAACCGACUACAUGGUUCACCCAGACGGAUCCUUUACGGUCGUGUCCCACUUGUUGGGUGCACCAUUUAAACAUUUAAACCAGGAGAGGAUCCAGUGUGUGGUAACACACAGCACUCUGACAAAGAAACACGAACAUGACUACACAAUAAAUGUGCAUUAUCCUCCGGAAUUGGUGAUGAUAAUUCCUGAUGAUCCGAAACAGCCUGAAACAUUUUCCUGCUUAGCUGAUAGUAACCCAAGACCGACCAAUUACACCUGGAUCAAACUGAAUGAAUCUAUUCCUUAUUCUGAAGGCAACACACUUUAUGUCCCAAAACUAUCCUCUGAUUUCAAUGGGGUAUACAUCUGUAAGGUAUCAAACCAGUAUGGAAGUGCUUCAGGUGUUAUCUAUAUAAAUAUCCAAAAUGAAUCAACCUUUGCUUGCUGGAGUCUGUACAGUUUUGCUUUCAGCUUCAUUGUCCUUUGUAUUUGUGGAGGUUGCAUGUUGUUGAAAAACGCUUCAGGUACAAGACAACCCAUUCGCAAAAGAAGCAGAGGAUAAUGAACUUCAAUGAAUUUGGAUUCUGCAGGAUCAGAUUAAAAAGCAUUGCUGUUACUAUACCCAAAUAUUCAAAUGUCAGUCAGUUGCCUUACUUUUACUUUAGCUAGCUAUAUUUCAUUGUAGCAAGUUAAAGAAAGAUUAUAUUUUGUUAUAUGUUACUGCCUCAUGUAAAACUUCAAUACAGAAUACAAAUUCAUCCUUAAGCGUCACUCCAGACAAAUACUGUAACCUGUGGACAGGUUAUGGCAAGUUUGUUUAUUUUAUACUCAAAGGGGAAUUCAAAAGAUUUUAGCUGGUGACAUGAACACUGACAUUGCAUUGUUUUGAGUGAAGUGUGUAAUGGACUUUGUAAAUGACCUAUGACCCGAGUUGUCUAAAAGCUUUAAUAAUUAAUAUCUGCAAUGUAUUUUGGUAUGACUCGGGCCAUUGAUGGAGUUAGCAACAAGGUAAUAGUUCUUUAAAAUCUGUUUUAACUGGAAGACAGUGUAAAGAUGUGCGAAUUGGAGUGAUAUGUUCAGAUUUUUUGGUCCAAAAAAUAAGUGGAUAGGAUAUCAAAAAAGUAAAAUCUGUCAAAAGCAAAAUACUGCUGUGUUCAAAAUAUCGUGGCAAUGCAUUGUCAUGAACUCCUGAUGUGCCCAACCUGUAUUGACUCUGAAGCACUUUUUAUGUUAAAAUGUUUUGUUUUGUAACCAAGUGCUGUAUGCCUAAAGGAUCGUAGCUAAAACUUAAUGCAUAGGAAAUGAUAAUCCAGCAAUACCUUUUGAUAAGAAAACCUCUGGUUAUUUAAUAUAUGAUAAACAGAUAAUGUUACUAAAUUCUGAACAAAAAAAUGAUUCUUAUUUGACCCAUAUAAUGAUGUGCAUCAUAUCCUGACGUUGCUGUCGAUAAACAGCCCUACUGUUGUA